CGUGUGGUCCCUGUCCCUCUUCUUUCUACUUCCGGCCCGGUGCCGCUUUUCAUCUCUUCUCUUCACGACACAGACCUCGACGGUCUGGCCUCUUUUUCCCCUUCUCUUACUCUCUCUAUCACACGCCCGCGCGCACGACGGCGCGCAGGCCUCUUCCGCAAGAGCCCGCCAUGCCACAUGCGCCUCCACAGCUGUCCGGCGCCGUGCGGCGCGGCGGCGUGAAGCAUGCCGAGGCACAGCGCCGCUGGGGCGCGCUGCGGCACGACGGCCGCCGCACCGAGAUGCUGGGCGGCGAGGCGAGCGCGGCGGCGGGUGCCGGACGGGCGUCUGCCGCAGACAAGGGCAAGGGCCGUGCGUAUGACGACGAGGUGCGGCCGUACUACGAGCUCCUCGCGCGCCAGGCCGAGGCGCAGGCGCCGCCGCAGCAGCCGCAGGGCGAGGUGUGGUCGGCGUCGUCCCAGGCCGGCGCGUCGGGCUCGAGCACGCCGGCUGCUGCGGCGGCAGCAGCGUCCGUGUCUUCGUCGCCCGUCGCCUGGCCCGCCGUGUCGUCGUCGUCGGCGGCGGCAGCCUGGUCUGCCUCGUCCGCGCCCGCGGCGGCGGCAAGCUCUGCAGCCACGACCUUCUCGCUCGGCAGCAGCUCGGCAGUGCAGCUCGUGCACGCGGCCUCAUCGACCGCUCCGUCGUGGACCUCUGCUGCUCCCUCAUCGAGCUACUCGUCGGCAGCCGCUCUGUCUGCCUCUGCGACUGCGGCGACGACAGCCGCGGUCGCGAGUCUCUCGCCAGCCUCGUUCCCGCCGCUGCUCAGCGCGGCCGAGCCGGCGCAAAGCUCCGGCACGCCGCCCCACGCGACGCUGAAGAACAACCUGCCGCUCCAGCUGCUUCUGGUCAUCGGCGCCGUUGUGGUCUUUGCCUCGCUUCUCGCGGGGCUGGCAUGGCUCUGCCGCUCGUCACUGCCGUGCUUUGCCGCCUCGCGCAGGCGCAAGGCCCGGCGCAAGCUCGCAUGGAGCCCUGGCGCCUCCGGAGACGACGACGGCAGCGAGGCCACCUUUGUCGGCGACGACACCAAGAGCGUUGAUGCGAAGAAGUGGGCGGCGGCGGCGGCCCCACUCACGCCUGUGCCGCAGCUGCUGCACUCGACGCCUCCGGCGCUGCCCGCUCUGGCGCUCCACCGCGAGCCGGUGCCGAGCGGCAGAGGCUGGGAGCUGUUCGACGAGCCCGUGUCGAUCGGGACCGACUCGCGACGGAACACCACGCCGCCCAUCGCUCUGGCCUCGGCGAGCACACAGGGUGGCAACUACGCCGUCGGUGCUGCUCUUGGCGCCUCCGGUGGGCGCAUUCCAGACGUGACCGAGAUGGACGGCCUGGCGCACAACGGCUGGGUGCCGCCAGUGCGGCAGCCGAGCUUCAUCGAGCGUCUGCUGCAGACCCGCCCCGGAGGCGUGAGCCUCCCCAACGGCGUCACACCAGGCGCCACGCGUGCCAGUGCCUCCGAUCCCGAGGCAGGACGAAUCGCCGACCCCUACACUGCCGCACCUGCGUCCGCAAGGCGUAACACAGCGCACGGAGCCCGGGCCACGCUCUUCACCUCUGUCAUGUCCGGCCUGCGCGGCGGCGCGGCCGGGGGUGCAGCGCGAGCGGGGCGCCGCGGCUCUAUGCUCGACUCAGACUUCGAAGGCACCAUCGGAGGCCGCGAUGCCGAGCUGCCGAUGGCACGUCGCCUUGGCAAGAAGGACGAGCGCUUCGUGUGCGAUGCAAGCACCACUGAGGGUGGAGACAAGACCUCGAAUCCAGGCACGCUGGAUGGGCCUGCUCUAUCUGAGCUCGGCACUCCUAUGCCUCGCCAUCUCGGCACCCCCAGGACCCCUGGCCUCGCCGGUGUCGGCUCGGCAUGGGCUCGCGGACUCGUCAUGCCGCCAUUGCCAACACGCUUGCCGCCCGUGGCGCAGCAAGCCACAGCCGGAAAGCCGUCGCUCGCCGAGCUCAAGCGCCAACAGGCGGAGAUGGAGCUGCAGCUCGUCCUUGCCUCGCCCGAGAACGCACGGCACAAGCUGGAGGCGAGCAUCGGGCGCUGGAUGGAGGCGAGCGUGAGCAGCGGCGGUGCGGCGGCACCGUCUUCGCUCCCGAGCUCGCCCGGCAGCACCGUGCUCCUCGAUGCCGAUGCCGUCGUCGCUGCCCGGGCGCUGCCACGCAAGCUGCGCCGCGCCGACACGCUCAUCAGCUUGACCCAGUCGAGCGUCUCGAGCUACUCUGCAGCGUCGUCAGAGCGCUACGCACACCCUGCAAACGGUCUCUCGCGCAUGCCUAGCAUCGUGCCGCGCUUUGCCGCGACCACGACGCUUGAAAGCUGGCUCAUCGAGGAGGAGCGCAAGGAGGACGAAGCACUCGAGGACGCAUCCCUUGUGAGCAUCUUUGGCAAGUACGAGGCAGGCCCGCAAACCCCACGAGGCGUGUACCGCGAGACGCUCUCGAUGCGCACCGGCGACAGCACUCUGCCGCCCUCUUACCGCAGUCAAGGCACUGUUACGCCAAUGAACGAGGUAGCCGAUGACUGGCGCGCCUUGCCCACCUCGUCGACUGAGGCAUCGCUCGCCUCCCGCGGCAUGCUACUGUACGAUGCAUCGUCGUCGACGACCGGCCGCACUCGCUCGUCGCGGACUCGUGCCUCGUCGCCGGGCACGUCGCCGUGCGAGACUUCGAUUCCGUCUGCCCAGUCGCACAAGGCGACGCGCAGCGAACGCGCUGCAGCUGCCAAUGUGGCCUGGGGCGUCGGCGAGGAGCAGGCCGAGGAGGACAAACGCCAGGUCGACCGCCGGCAGAAGCUGCAGCGGCGCGAGCAACGACAGGCGGCACGCAUUCUGGCGCUGCAGCAGGCGCGUGCGUUUGGGCAGCAGGAGGAGCGGGACACGCUGCCGGCUGUGCAGCGCCACGCGCACCGGCACACUGUGCUUGACAUGGCCGCAGGCGAGCGCUCUGAAGACCUGCCCGGCGUCGACUCUGGCGCCAAGGCGCUCGACCGCUCGCGCAGCAUGGCCAGCAGCGUGUACUCGACGCUCAGCGGCGACUCGGCGUAUUGUGCGCCGCUGCUGGCGCGCGAGCAGUCGCAGGAGCAACGCCCAUUGCCAGCGCUCCCCACCGGCGCGCCAGUGGGCCGUCACUCGUCCGCAACAGACGCCAAAGCGAAGCAUGUGCCCAAGGCCUUCCUGCUGCGUGCCGACGCAGCGCUGCCCUCGCUGCCUUACGAGUACGCAGCGCCUUCGACUGCCGCCCUUCGCAUCGCGAAGCACCGCCGUCCGUCGGCGCCUGCGCUCAGCCCGCCUGACUCGCCCUGGACGUCCGACUCCGAGGUCGGCAUCGGCCGCUGGCAGGGCACGGCUCGGCGCCCGCCUGGUACCUUCAUCGUCGCCCCGCGCGCCGUCUCGCACGCGCAGCGCAGGUAGCGCCGCCUGCAGGCCACCCCCGUCCGGCCGACAGCGUUCCGUGACCCCUGCGCCGGCAUCAUCUAUAUCUCUCUAGCUCAAUCACACAUCUCUUUCUCAC